AUGUCCUUACUCACCAUCACGUCCUACGCUGCUGUAGGCAUACUGGCACUGAUUGCCUGGAAUGUCAUCCGGCAAUUGCUCUUCCAGAACAAGAGCGAGCCCCCCGUUGUCUUCCACUGGAUCCCCUUCCUAGGGAGCACAAUCAGCUAUGGCAUCGAUCCGUAUGCUUUCUUUGCAUCUUGCAGGCAGAAGUACGGCGACAUCUUCACCUUCAUCCUCCUCGGCCAGAAAACAACCGUCUACCUGGGCGUGCAGGGCAACGAAUUCAUCCUCAACGGCAAACUCAAAGACGUCAACGCAGAAGAGGUGUACAGCCCGCUGACGACGCCCGUCUUCGGCUCGGACGUCGUCUACGACUGCCCCAACGCAAAGCUCAUGGAGCAGAAGAAGUUCAUCAAGUACGGCCUGACGCAGGCCGCCCUCGAGUCGCACGUGCAGCUGAUCGAGCGCGAGGUCCUGGACUACCUGCGCACCUCGCCCAACUUCCACGGCGCGUCCGGCGUCGUCGACAUCUCCGCUGCCAUGGCGGAGCUCACCAUCUUCACCGCCGGCCGCGCGCUGCAGGGCGAGGAGGUCCGCCGCAAGCUCACGGCCGAGUUUGCCGACCUCUACCAUGACCUCGACAAGGGCUUCACCCCCAUCAACUUCAUGCUGCCGUGGGCCCCGCUGCCGCACAACCGCAAGCGCGACGCCGCGCACGCCCGCAUGCGCGCCAUCUACAUGGACAUCAUCCGCGAGCGGCGGGCGCACAAGAACCCCGACCAGGUGGAGGCAGGCUCCGACUCCGACAUGAUCUGGAACCUCAUGCGGUGCACGUACAAGGACGGCCAGCCGGUGCCGGACAAGGAGAUCGCACACAUGAUGAUCACGCUGCUGAUGGCGGGCCAGCACUCGUCGUCGUCGAUCAGCGCGUGGAUCUUCCUGCGGCUGGCGUCCGAGCCGCGCGUCCUCGAGGAGCUCUACCAGGAACAGGUGGCCAGCCUCGGGAAACCAGACGCAGACGGCGUGUUCCCGCCGCUGCAGUUCCGCGACUUGGAUCGGCUGCCGCUGCACCAGAAUGUCGUCAAGGAGACGCUCCGUCUGCACUCGUCCAUCCACUCCAUCAUGCGCAAGGUGAAGAACCCGCUGCCGGUUCCGGGCACGCCGUACGUGGUGCCCACCAGCCAUGUGCUUCUGGCGUCGCCCGGCGUGACGGCCACGAGCGACGAAUACUUUCCUAACGCUAGUCGCUGGGAUCCGCACCGCUGGGAGAACCAAGCGGAACCUGAUGAUGAUGGCGAGAUGGUCGACUAUGGCUAUGGACGUGUGUCAAAGGGGACUGCGAGCCCUUAUCUUCCGUUCGGCGGAGGUCGCCAUCGUUGCAUCGGGGAGAAGUUUGCGUAUAUCAAUCUGGGGGUCAUUGUGGCGACUGUUGUUCGCCAUUUGAAGCUGGCCAAUGUCGAUGGCCGGAAGGGCGUACCUCAGACAGACUACUCAUCUCUGUUCUCGGGGCCCGUGAAGCCUGCUAUUAUCGGUUGGGAACGACGCUUUCCAACUGCCUGA